AUGUUGAAAGUUGGAAGUUGGAAGAAGGAGGGGGAGAGGAGAGAGAAGAGGAUGAAAAGUGAAAGGGAAAUGGAAAGGGGAACGGGGAGAGGGGGGGAGGAGGGGAUGGGAGUGGGAGAUGGGAAUAGGAAUAGGAAUGGGAUUGGGAUUGGGAUUGGGAUUGGGAUUGGGAUUGGGAUUGGGAUUGGGUGGGUUGGAGCUGAGGACGAAGAGCUGGGUUGGGUUAAAGCUGGGGAGGAGCUGGGGAAAGAGGAGGAGAGGAAAAGGAAAAGGAAAAGGAAGUGGAAAAGGAAGAGGAAGUUUUGUGGAGGGGGGGAGAGGGAAGAGGGAAGAAGAGGGUUAGGAGGGAGGGGGGUUGGUGAUGUUUGGUGA